AUGGGCCGAAAUCACGAAGAGUACGCGCCUGUGUACUCUGAUGAGAGUCUAGCAUCGAGUCGUGAAGCUGUCGAGGCCGCAGUUGCAGCAGCAAACAUACGGCACACAUCAAAGCUUCAUAGAUUCGGGGUGUGGACUCUCCAUGCCGUCUUGAUCACCAUCUACACCGCAAUCUUUGCUGUUUCAUUAUUGCCCAACAGACCAUUUUCGGGAGUGUUUAGUUUGAUAGAUGGCCCAGAAACUCACUAUGGUACAGCACCGCCAAAGGCUGUCGGCGAGAAGACUCAUCUCGAAGUCUUCCCUAUUCAAGGCCCGCCACAUGGCAAAUACACGGGUGAACCAAGACCAGAGGUGGAUCAAGCAUGGAGGGACUUGUUACAGUAUGUACAGAAGCGUCUCUACCAAACGCUGUCGCCCGACUACUACUUUCCCAACGCAACCAAGCAAGAAAUCGCUACGAAUCGAGAGCAUAACCAGCACUGUCUUGAGGUCCUCCGCAUGGGUGCAGCCUGUCGUGGUGACAUUUCCAUCAUCACCCACAUGUGGACUGACAUCGACGCGAAGCCCAUCGUGAACCAAACGGCGCCUCACCAAUGUAUUGACUUUGACAAGGUCAUGGACUAUUCUCGGGACAAUACAGUAGAUGUAUAUAAGGACAACUAUAUCGUCCACCCGAAGUUUGGACCUUCCUUCCCCAAGGGCAAUAGCAUCAAGCCCUUUAAGGAGCAGGGAAUGGGGCACCAUCAUUAA